CUGGAGCUGCUGCACAACAUCGACCCGCUCUACGUCGACAUCGCCCCGUGUCCUGGCAGGGACAGUAAGUUGGCUUUGGCUGAGAUGGUCAGCGGAGGCUCCUGGUCCAAUUCAGGCUUCAAUGUGUCCAUUCAUGCAGCCAUCCGAUCCUCAAACUGGAAGCUGCUGACUGGCUACCCAGGUUGUGACAGCUGGUUCCCUCGGCCUGGCCAGAACAGCUCAAUGGCCGAUAUUCCCAAGACGGAUCGGCUGAAGCCUGUGAUGUUGUUUGACAUAGAUAAGGAUCCAAAGGAGACGAAUGAGCUGUCAGGACAGUUUCCUGCAGUAGUGGAUUUUCUUCUCAGUAGGCUCCAAUACUACCAGCGUACUGCCAUGCCAAUCGUAUUUCCUGGCGAUGAUCCGAGGUGUGACCCAGGCCCCGUCGGAGCCUGGGGACCCUGGGUUUAGGAGGCGAUGGUGAUGAUUUGGACAUUUUUCAAGAUUUGCACAACAUUUCAUUCAAGAUGGCGGAACCUCUCAGUUCUUCAGCAUUUACUACGAAGGGCAACUCAUUUUUUUCUCUCUCCCCAAUUGUACACGGCCGAUUACCCCACCCUUCCGAGCCGUCCUGGUCGCUGCUCCACCCCCUCUGCCGAUCCGGGGAGGGCUACAGACUACCACAUGCCUCCUCCCAUAACAUCUGGAGUCGCCAGCCGCUUCUUUUCACCUGGCAGUGAGGAGUUUCACCAGGGGGACGUAGCGCGUGGGAGGAUCACGCUAUUCCCCCCCAGUCCCCGAAAAGGCGCCCUGACCGACCAGAGGAGGUGCUAGUGCAGCGUCCAGGACACAUACCCACAUCCGGUUUCCCACCCACAGACACGGGCCAGUUGUGUCUGUAGGGGCGCCCGACCCAGCCGGAGGUAACACGGGGGUAAGUCGUUUGAAUAAAAGUCGGCAGGUUUACAGAAUACUGUAAUGAGGAAGUCGCGCCGGCCACGUUUUCAUUUAUUGUGUAUAAGUGUUGGACUUCCCUCGCUGGUAAACACAAUAACAAUCAUUUAAGAUAGAAAGCAUAAAAUUAAUUAGGUCUUCAGGUAAAUGUGUUUAUGGUAUUUGUCCCAUCAGCUAACCGCUGUUUGAAUGAGACUCCAAGUCAGUCUGGGCUAAUAUCCCAUGAAUACUUGCAUCUGUAUUUUCCAUCCGAAACCCAGAUUUUAAACACAUUGUACUGUAGUGAGUACUGUAUUUGAUUUAUCAUUAUAUGUAUUAACAUAAUUUGGGAUCUUUUUUUACACGAUUAUAAAAGAAAAAUAAACAUGUCUGUUAUUUAUGGUUACCAUGUGAAUUUGACCAUCGGGCUAUUUUGUUGCAAAUGUUUUGAGGCUCAUCACAAAUGUUGCCAUUAUGAUUGCUAACUGCCCCUUUGGGAGAAUGAGCUCAGGUGGUUGCGUAAGCGGGCUUGGCUGUACAUGUAAAGAUACUGUCCCUGCUGUUUUAUGUGUUUGCACUUCAUCCAUCCGCUGGUAAGAAUCCGAGGACCCCUGUUAUGUCUCAAACACGCUCUCAGACAGGAAUCACUAUGUCAUAAACAAUACCAACUGCCAAGGGUUUGCAUUUUUCUUUUAAAAGAAGUUCAUAUAAUUUCCGUCAGAUUGUAAUGUAUGUCAUUGGUAUAUAUUUCCACCUAUUUCAUUUUUUUCCUGUUAUCUGAAUCAUAAAUUGAACAAAUAAACAAAUGAAAUAAAGGUUAAAUUAAAUGAAAAAGACAA